AUGGAGGAUUCAAACCCACCACCACUAGGUCCAAAAGCAUCUCAUAAUCAUAUCAUGAGGUUCAAAGAGCAAUCUCUGCUUCCAAACUUGCGUGUCAAGAAUCCCACAACCAGGAAUCCUCGCUCAGGUCGCGUUGUCUUCGCUGCACAGUCUAAUUUCUUUAAAGUUAUUCAAACUAUAUGGAAGGUUGGGAAGGAUGGUAUCGAGGCAGGGACCAAUCUGGUGCCUGAAUCUGUACCAAGAUCGAUAGCAAGGAUUUCGGUGACAGUUGCUGUAUUGGCCAUUUCGCUGUUUGUGCUAAAAUCAUUCCUGUCUACAGCUUUCUUUGUGCUGGCCAUGAUGGGACUCGUAUACUUCACAUUCAUUGCCUUGAACAAAGACCAAGGGCCAAAAGGAGGUGGUGGUACAACUUCAGAGGACCCCUUAGAAGAAGCAAGAAGAAUAAUGGAAAAGUACAAGAAGGAGUUAGGGUAUGGUGAUUUGCUGCAUGUUAGCAUGAUGCAAGUGUCAUCAAGGAAGGAGAUUGCUGAGGAGAAUGCAGAAGGCUAG